AUGUUCUCCUUGAUUUUUAUUCUCUGGCUCUUGCAGAUUCCCAGUCUUGCCUGUGCCUUUAACAACAAUCAAUGCUAUUACCUAAUAAGAGAAGAUUUUCACCGUGAAGGAGAUGUGGUGAUUGGUGCAUUUUUCCCUGUUCAUACUUAUUACAUCAUCCAAGAAAUUCCACAUUCCCAUCUAAUUGGGUAUUAUGAGGACUAUUACCUACAGUAUAAUUUUAAGAAUUACCAGUUUGUUCUGGCUAUGGUAUUUGCCAUUGAGGAGAUCAAUGGGAACCCCAAUCUUUUACCCAACAUAUCUAUUGGAUUUGAUUUCUACAAUGUCCGAUUCACGGAGAAGGACACUCUUAUGAAUGCCUGUAUGUGGCUCACAGCACACAGUCAAAGUUACAUUUUACCUAAUUACAACUGUAAAAAGAGAAAUUGUAUUGCUGCACUCACAGGCACAUCAUGGACAACAUCUGCCUACAUUGGGACAUUGCUACAACUCUUUAAAUUUCCUCAGCUUUCUUUUGGACCUUAUGAUCCUAGCUUGAGUGAUCGAGGUCAGUAUUCUUCCCUCUACCAGAUGGCCCCCAAGGACACAUUUCUUUCACUUGGCAUUGUCUCUUUGCUGACUCAUUUUAGUUGGUCCUGGGUUGGUCUCAUCCUCCCAGAUGACCACAAAGGGAAUAAAAUCCUAUCAGAUUUCAGAGAUGAGAUGGAGAGAAAAAGAAUCUGCACAGCUUUUGUGAAGAUGAUACCAACCACAUGGACUUUAUAUUUUAACAAGCGCUGGAAAUUUAUUGAUGAGAUCCAGGAAUCAUCUGCAAAUGUGAUAAUUAUUCAUGGUGACAUUGAUUCUUUACAAGGUCUGAUGAGAAGUAUUGGGCAAAACUUAUUGACAUGGAAAGUGUGGAUCAUGAACUUUGAACAAGAUGUUACUUCUCAUGCUGAUUAUUUUAUGUUAGACUCAUUUCAUGGGAGCCUCAUUUUUACCCACCAUUACAGGGAAACUUUUGAGUUUACCAAUUUCAUUCAAACAGUUACUCCUUACAGAUACCCAGAAGACAUUUAUCUUCCUAAAAUGUGGUAUUUGUUCUUCAGAUGCCCAUUUUCUGAAAUUGAUUGUCAACUUUUGGACAACUGUCAAGCCAAUGCUUCUCUAAAUGUAUUACCUAGACACGUAUUUGAUGUGUCCAUGAGUGAAGAGAGCUACAAUAUAUACAGAGCUGUGUAUGUUGUGGCUCACAGUCUCCAUGAGAUGAGGCUUAAACAAGUACAAAUGCAGCCAUAUGAAAACGGAAAAGAGAUGGAGUUCUUCCCUUGGCAGCUUAACUCUUUCCUGAGGGACAUUCAUGUGAGAGACAACAUGAGUUUAUAUUGGAGAGAGAAGUUAAAUGAAGAGUAUAACAUCUUUAACCUUUGGAAUUUUCCAAAGGGUCUUGGACUAAAGAAGAAAAUAGGAACUUUUUCUGCAAAUGCUCCUCAGGGCAAACAGUUAUCAUUAUCUGAGCAUAUGAUACAAUGGCCAGAAAUAUUUUCAGAGAUUCCUAAGUCCGUGUGCAGUGAGAGUUGUGGGCCUGGAUUCAGGAAAGCCACCCUGGAGGGCAAGGCUGUUUGCUGCUACAACUGCACUCCUUGUGCAGAGAAUGAGAUUUCUAAUGAGACAGAUGUGGAUCAGUGUGUGAAGUGUCCAGAAAGCCAUUAUGCAAAUACAGAGAAGAACCAGUGUCUCCAGAAGGCAGUGAGCUUCCUGGCUUAUGAAGACCCCUUGGGAAUAGCUCUUACCAGCAUAGCCCUGUGCUUCUCUGCAGUCACAGUCAUUGUUAUUGGGGUGUUUGUGAAACACAGAGACACGCCCAUUGUCAAGGCCAAUAAUCGAGCUCUCAGUUACAUUUUGCUUAUCACACUCACUUUCUGUUUCCUCUGUUCUUUGAACUUUAUUGGCCGGCCCAACACAGCCACCUGCAUCCUGCAGCAGACAACAUUUGGAGUUGCCUUUACUGUGGCUCUUGCCACUGUGUUGGCCAAAGCUAUUACUGUGGUCAUUGCCUUCAAGGCUACUUUUCCAGGGAGAAUUGUGAGGUGGCUGAUGGUAUCAAGGGCCCCAAACUACAUCAUUCCUCUCUGUACUCUGAUCCAACUUGUUCAUUGUGGAAUAUGGAUGGCAACCUCUCCUCCAUUCAUUGACCAUGAUGAUCAUAUUGAACAUGAACACAUCAUCAUUUUGUGUAACAAGGGCUCAGCUCUUGCCUUCCACUGUGUCCUGGGAUAUCACUGCUUCUUGGCCUUUGGGAGUUAUACCAUGGCCUUUUUGUCCAGGAAUCUACCCGAUUCAUUCAAUGAAUCCAAAUUUCUGUCAUUUAGCAUGCUGGUGUUCUUCUGUGUCUGGGUCACCUUCCUCCCUGUCUACCACAGCACUAAAGGAAAAGUCAUGGUGGCUAUGGAAGUUUUUGCCAUCAUGGCUUCCAGUGCAGCACUCCUUGGCUUCAUAUUUGCCCCUAAGUGUUAUAUUAUAUUGUUGAGACCAGAAAAGAACUCACUUCAACAUAUCAGGGACAAAAUACAUUCUAAAAAAAUAAUAAGCCUCACAAAACAUAGUUCAAAUAAAUAUCUUCUAUGA